AUGUUGAUCAAAGUGAUAUUUUGGACCAAACUUUUAUUCAUAUUUUUUGAAUCAGGUAAGUUUCUGGGGAAGAGGGAAUUAUUUUUUAGCUCCAAAACAUAGGAAAAAAAACUUUGUAAUUAUCUACCAUCGAUUAUGAUUACUGUAUCUCAAAAAAAAACACAUCGGGACUGUAUAAAAUAUUUGUAGAUCAAAAAUUAUCAACUACAGUAACCUGUAGUUCGAUUUUCAAUUGUCAGAAAAUGCUAACCACUUCAGUGAUUUCCUACUGUAUAUCCCAUUUAAAAAAUUUUUAAUCGAAAAUUUCAGUGAAUUCUUGCCAACCACCAAUCUCCCUCGGCUUCCAAAAUUCAGCACUUCCACAAAGUGUUCCAAGUUAUUCACCGGCUGCAAUCGCUGGUGCUGCACCAAUUGAUCAAUCGGCUCCAGUUCCUGCUCCACCAGCUCCAUCAGAUUAUAAUGAUGAUAGUUUGGAGAUGAUAAAUGCUGCACCGCCUGGAAGAAUGUCUGGCGAAACUGUGAGUUACUUUUAAUAAGUUAUUUUGGUGGGACAAAUCAUUGAGUUGUUUCAGAGAUUUACACCGUAUCCUGGUUAUAUUCCACCGCCGAAAUAUCCCACAUUGAUUAAUGACAAUGAAGUUCAGGUACUUAUACUUCUGAAAUUUUCCUCCCUAAUCAAAAAAAAACAUAAUAUUUUUGCAGCAUUCCUCGAAUACCUAUAAAUCUGAUGUUCCUCUUCACAUAAUGUUGAAUUCGGAUAACUCCUCCUCAAACAAAAACUUGAGUUGUCCAAUUGAAAUCACAACAAUGACUGAAUUUCUAACAUGUGUUCGAAGAUUAUCUACAGUAACCCAAGAUGAAUUCAAUUUUUCGUGUGAUUUUGAGAAAGAUUCGGGAUGCCGAUUCAAAAGUGUUUCGAGUCCGUUGAGUGUUGGAAAUUUGCCAACAGAUGAUCAUUAUAGAACUUUUGCCACGUUGGCAUCGAGACCUGAAACACAGAAGCCGACUGGGAAUUUUGUGUUUUUCAUUGAACAUCGGGUAAGAUUUUUUUGUCGAGAAGUUUAGAAAUGUGAGCCAGAAAAUGGUUGAAAUUCAGCGCAAUAUUUUUUUGUUGAUAAAAAGUAUCAGUGAAAUUUUUAGCCCCAUAUUUCUCUAACCAGAAUUUUUUCUAGGGAGCAGAACCUGAGGAUGAGUUUAUUAUGUCAACUCCAAUUACAUGCCAACGAGGAAAUGGAGUGUUGAAAUUUGAGUAUGUUUUCCAUUUUUCUGAAAAUUAUUUACUGAAACUAAAAAAUAUGAAAUUUCAGUUAUUGGAUUGUUGGAAAACACGACGAAGUUUUGAUUCGAGUUUGCACACAGGAUCAUUUGGCGAGAUCUUGCACACAGGUAGCUUGUAACCUACAGACUGUAGGCUACAGUAAUCCACUUUCAUAGUUACUUUUAGAAAAUUGGAUAUACCACUUCGAUUUCAACAAUUGCUAUCGAAGUUGUACACCCGAAUUCCACAUUUUUCGAACUUGAAAUAGUUGCAUCAAAUUUGAUUGAUCCAACUGUUAUAGUUUAUGAUAAUAUAAUAUAUGAAGCAGAUAUGUGUGAAUUGGAAAAUCGAGAAAAAGAAAUGGAAAAGGGAAAUAAUAAUGAUGAACUUGCAACUGUUGAUCGAUUCUUUGAUGCUGAAGAAAAUCCAGAUGAAAUAACUGGAGAAAUUGAGGGAGAAGAAGCUGUUCAAAUUCCAACGAGGCCUGUUAGAUUGGCACCAAAAAAGAAGAGCGAAUGUGAGUCUCGUGAUUUUAUUUUUUUCAAAAACUUUAACUAUUUCAGUAGAAAAUAUUUUGGAUGAAUUGACAAGACCGAUUGAGGAAAAUAUUGAUCCAGCAAGAUUCAAUGAAGUUAUUGGAAGUGCUCAAGAUGUUGAAAUGCCAGGAACUGAAAAUGAUAAUAAUCAAGAAGAACCGGAGACUGUUUGUAAACUUCUUGAUUGUGAUUUCAGUGAUAGUAUGUGUUUCUACACAAAUUAUGCAAAUGAAAGUAUGGUUCUUGCCCCGUGGCAAAUUGGAAAUCAAAGAGUUGGAAAUCCGCAUACUGGAGUGAAAGAAUCAACUGGUGGAUUUUUAUAUGUUGGAACUGAUAGUUCAACGAGUUCCAAGAUUGUCAAUUAUAUUUUGGAAUCACCGGAUUUGAUUAUUAAUGAUGAUUUGGAAAUGAAGAUGGAUGUUUAUAGAAGAUCAAAUGAUAUUACUUUACAGGUCGGGUUCAAGGAAAGUUCAUAAAACAAAAUGUAUUCCAGAUUUGCUUGGAUACACCAUUUUAUUGUCCUUACACUGUUACGCCUUUUGAAAAAGAUUUAUAUUGGAAAGAUGGCGAGACAUUUUUGAUUCCAAAGGGGACUAUCAAAAUAUUCUUGCGAGCAAUUCAAUGGAGAAGAUUUAAGUGGCUGGCAAUUGAUAAUAUCCGAAUUGUUUCCACAAAAUGUUGA